GAACCGGAAUCUAUCCUAGAUGACCAUUAUGACAAAUGGCACCGCGGAAGGAUUAUGGCGGAGAAAGGGGAGGUUUUGAAAUGGUUGCACUUGAGGUGCCAUGAGGUCCAUGGCAAGAAGAUGCCAUAUGACGAGCGAUACACACAAUAUAUCAAGAAGACCGGACUUCUCCCUUUCGUGCACCUUGUGUCCCGGUCGACGCCGCAUAUGAACCCAUGCGCGAUCACGGCACUAGUUGAUCGAUGGAGACCGGAGACACAUAGUUUCCACUUGCCUUGUGGGGAGAUGACAGUGACUCUGCAAGAUGUUUCCAUGAUCUUGGCACUUCCUAUCAAAGGGGAGCCUGUGUGUCGUAACACAUCUUCUGAUGGAUGGCGUGAAGCGAUGAGGGAUCUCAUUGGGAACGCGCCGACGAGGGAGAAGAUGUCUGCUGGUGCUCCUUAUUCUUGGAUCCAAAGGAACUUCAAGAAGUGCCCCGAGGGCGCCGAGGACGAGGUGGUUGAGAUGUAUGCUCGGGCGUACUUGUGGUAUGUUGUGAGUAGGGUUCUUUUCUCAGACGGCACUGGAUCGAAUGCCUCCUUCAUGUGGCUCCAGCUAUUUGCGGGUUGGGAACAUAAUCUCAGUUGGGGAACAGCUGCACUCGCUUACUUGUACCGACAGUUGGACGACGCGUGUUGCAAAACAGGAAAAGGAGCAAGUAUUGGUGGUUGUAUGCUUCUAUUGUCCAUAUGGUCGUGGUUGCGCUUGCCAGUUGGCCGUCCCAUUGAGAUGCGCCGGAAUGAUUGGAAUGAUCAUAGAGACCCUUUACGUUUUCCUACCGCGGCGUACAUAUGGGACAAUACUGAACCUUUCCAUGGUGAAUCUAAGGAAUGCUACAUGAGGUACAUCAGCCAACUCGACGCUCUUACCCCGGAGAAGUUGAGUACCAUCUACCAGAUCGGGUUGGACAAAAUAAGGCAGAAGAAGGAGAAGAAUUGGCCCAUCCGUCACAGGCACUACAUCAACAAGUUCAAGGCCAUCAUCAGGAAGAUUGAGGACCCCAAAACUGUUCCGGUUCCUAUGCAACCAUUCGAUAGCGAAGCAUUCAGCCGGUAUCUUUUCUGGCUAGGUAGUGUGUCUCGUUUGUACAUAAAGCCGCCGGCUUUUGCACCCGAGGACGUAGGAGACGGAACAUAUCCGGAUGACGAGGACAUGGCCAAGUUGGAUUAUAACAGACGCACAAGAGAGGGUAGAAACCCUGACCCCACACGUGAACUCCGAUUUGUGCGUGAGGAGGUAUCUAGAGUAUUGAGCGAUGCUGAGUUAGCAUUGCAAUCCGGGACCGAGUCCACCCUUCGAGUUUUCGCUGAGCGCACGAAGAAUUGGGCCCGUGGCUUAUGUGCUUUGCUUGGUUGCCGUACCAUCGAGGCCGCCUCACCGACGAGGCGAACUCCCACUUCAAGCUAUGAGGAUGAGGAUGAGGAUGAGGGCGGCGGUGACGAUGAGGUCGAUGGUGAUGGCGAGGAUGAUGAGGGUGGGGAUGAGGAUGAGGAUGAGGGUGGCGAUGAAGAUGAGGAUGAGGGUGGAGGUGAUGGAGAGGAUGAUGAGGGUGAGGAUGAGGGCGAGGAAGAGGAAGAACUUGGUGCAAAACAACACGAUGAGAUUGGCAUGUCCCAACUUCUUGAUGCACCGGCUCCUAGUCAACGGUUGAAGCGGCAUAAACCGAGAGAGCCAUACACUCCGGAUGAAUGGAACAAGAAGAAGGCACUUGAGGAGGAGCGGGCACGGAAGGCGGAGCGUGCACGCAAGGCACAUGAGGGCGAGGAUGACGACGGUCCUAGAAGGAGGAGGAAGAACGAGUACCGUAUGAAGGCGAACGCGGACCGCCCUUCGGCCAAAAGAGGGAAGGGGAGGGACUGA